CAUUCCUAGAAGCAUAUAACAUCAUGUAAUAACUUUUGCUCAAAAUUGAAGAGCCACCUUCAAGUAUUGAUCUCUAUUAACCUAAAAUUGUGCACAGAAACUGUCAAAGGAUUAUUAACAUUAGGGGCACUAACAUACUUUUCGAUCAAAUAUUUAUCUUAAGGAUCCUGAUUCGCCUCACACACAAGGUCAGGCUCCCAAAUGGAAGAUUUUUUAUCUAAUGGAAUAGUUGAAAAUGUUUCGAAAAGAGGGGAAAUAUAUACCCUUUCUCUGAUAAAUCUAAUAUCAAAUCAUCAACCAAUAUCUCGCCAAAAUUGAACAUGUUUUUUUAGGGUACCGUUGGUCCGGAAGACUAACCAGCGGCGAAUCCCGAUCCGUAUGAAGCUCCGUAGGGGCCUCGAUAAAGCCGGCGCCCCUGCUGACUGACUGAUGCCUGGACGGCCUGACUUCGAUAAAAGUAGCCUCCAUGACCUUUCGGUAAAAGCUCGAACGUAGUCAGACCUACGGCCAAACGACCUGUCUCGUGAAGAAGACAUUUCCCCUUUAGAGCACGACUGUCUGCUUUGUGAAUUUUAGUCUCAUCACCAGAGUCACUGGCUACUGGAUUACUUUCACAUUGUCGGGCAGUUUCCAUGCCCCUAGAAGAAGACUCAGAUAUGCGAAUAAGUAUAUUGCCCUUAUGCACCUUGUCAAAACGUUCCUUGGGCUGCUACUGACAAUAUUCAGGCUUAAAAUGCGCUGAAACCCAGAGUGACUGCUUGGCGAAAUCUUCAAUCUGCAAUUUAUUGCCUGGAUAUUUCCAAGAUAUGUCUGUUCCUGAUUUUGAUUUCUUAAAGGCCUAGUUAAAGGAAUGUUUGGCAUCAUGAUCCCCUGCUGUGCAUCCCCUGUUAAAUGCACUGGUGUCACAGUAGGGGCCAAUUUCAUGUGUAUUUGUUUAUUGGCACAGGGCCAUUACAGGCCGACUCUUUCUACAAUAAAACUUGAACUGCACAGAAGGAUUCCCAGAUCAGAGAUCCGAUGGACAGCACAAGGCAAUAAAGCUGCCUCCAAUACAAUUCGACUGGUUGGUGGUUCAAACCAGUACAAUGGGCGUGUCGAGAUUUUACACGACGGGGCAUGGGGUACAGUCUGUGACGAUGAGUUUACCGACACAAAUGCCCUCGUUGUGUGCAAGAUGUUAAACUACCCUACAGCUGGCGCAAAGGCUAUAACAAAUCUCAUAGACCUCCCAAUUGCGCCAUCCCAGAUCUGGCUUGACCAAUUCAGGUGUACGGGAUGUGAGCAGAGCAUCGUAGAUUGUUUACAUCUCUUGCCAUGGGGCUCACAUGACUGUCUCCAUAACGAGGAUGUGGGUGUUGUGUGCUCCUCAACUGCCUCCAAUACUGAUAUAAGACUGAUUGGUGGGUCAAAUCAGUACAGUGGACGUGUUGAGAUAUUCCACAACGAUAUAUGGGGUACAGUCUGUAAUAAUGAGCUUGACGACACAAAUGCCGCCGUUGUGUGCAGGAUGCUGAACUUACCAACAGCGGGUGCCCGUGUUAUUACAAAUCUCAUAGGCUACCCAACUGCUCCAGUCCAGAUCUGGCUUGCCGAUGUCUCUUGUUCAGGAUGUGAGAAGAGCUUCGACGAUUGUUAUCAUUCCAAUUUAUUGGACUCACAUAACUGUUCUCAUAACGAGGAUGUCGGUGUCGUUUGCCCCUCUCUGUCUGCAGACGAGCCAACAAGCAUAGCUUCGACAGUAAGAACUGUUUCGAUAAUUACACCAACUAACAAUGAGAGCUCGAAUAUUGUUCUUCUUGUUAUUCCGACGGCCGUCAGUUGCAGUCUCGUGUUAUGUCUUCUUGUUGGCGGACUGGUUUAUUGCAAACAAACAGGUAUACACUGUUUUUUGCAUCGACAACAACAGGAAAAUAGAGAAAGUUGUCAACAAAAUUUGAGGAAUAAAUCACAAUCUGGAGAAUGUUCGCAGGUGCAAAACUCCACCAACAUUAAUGAAUGCAACGUCGGCGUUGAAGAGAAUGCAACUAUAGGUGUAAAUAAUGAAAUUGGAAUGCCUAUGGAAAUCCCUCUUGACCAACUCGAAGAUACAAACGGAAAUGAAAUGGAUAGCAACGAUUCGGACAUCAGAAUUGUUACAAAUUGUGCUCUUGAUGGUGCAGAGGGCUGUUAAAUAAUGAGCAAAGUUUAGGAAAGCAGAAUUCAUGCAUGCUUAAUGGCGAUUUCCUCUCGCAAGAGGUGCAAAAAUAACUAGAAGAGGGCUAUAUCGUAUUAAACUUUUAUAAUAAGCCAUUGGUUUUAAUAGCUUACUCAUAGAAUCAAUGAACUUAAAUAGUUUUAUGCCAUAUCUUCUGCAUGUUUUCAUAUUCAUUGUUGAGAUUGUGUCCACAGUAUCGCUUUUGUUUUCAUAUCAAAUUGGAUUCAAUAUUUGAUAGCAGAUUUUGUAAAUAUCCACAAAAAGCCAAUAAUCGAAGAGCGAUAAUA